AUGCGCCGGCCAGCACGCCAACUCGAGCAGCAGGUCGCAUACGAUGGCACCAGACACCUGCAAGGCAACGGGUCCAACAAGCGGUGGGAACCGCGCCAGGAAAAUUACAGCGACCAGUGCUUGGCGGGACGCGAGCAGGCAGAGCUUGUGUGGGAAGGUUAUUUCCUUGAUUGCGUAGUGUGGGGGAUCGAGAAAUGCCCGAGCAGGGCGUUGUUGGCCAGCCAGAGGAUCCGCGACUGCAACGUCGUGUCACUCUUAUUCGCCGGCUGCAUCGACUGGGAGAUUGAACUCCAAAUGAAGCAAUACUUCAUCCCGCCGGCCAUUGGGCAGGACCUAGCAGCAACAGAGCGGGCUUUCAAGGCCGAUUCGGACGCCAGUCAACACAGGUACUCCUACGACGUGAAGUAA